UCCCCCCCCCCCGCUCUCUUACGAACUAGUUUCGUGAUUAUUCGUCGGCGGCCAUGUUCACCAUUAAGCUUUUUUCACGCGUGCCAAGCCGCUUCGUCCAGCGGAGCUCCUUUCUUCUCCUCUCUGUUCCCCAAAAGCAGCAGUCGGCAAUCCUCUCCGACCAGUGCCGCUCCCUUCUUCGUGAAUCCCCGAGUGCGCACCGCAACCUCUCCAUCUUCCAAAGAUAUGGAGCGUCUUCAUCCGCCACCUCUGAGCCUACCGACAAGGAACAGGUGAGUACUGUACAGAAUACUGGUGCUUCUAGGAAUGCAGAUGCCACAUAUACAAGUGGAGAUGCUAAACAUUCCAAUCAAGCUGAAGAUUCAGGUUAUACACACAGCAGAGCUGCUGAUCAGACAAAAGAAUCAGGUCCUAUUUGGGAUUUCCACUCUACCAUAGUCGAGUCUGUCAAAAGGAGAAAAGGUAUUAAACGAACUGUGUUUUCUGACUCUGAUUCUGAGAACGAGGAGGAGCUGUCAAUGGAUGAUUUGUUUAAACUAGUGGCAGAGAAGGAAGAAAUUUUGAAGUUGAAGAAUAAAGAGUUUGGUACAAUGCUAGAUAAAUUUCUUCGGACGCGUUCAGAAAUUGAGAAUGUCAUGGACAGGUCAAGGCGGGAAGCAGAAAACUCUAAAAAAUUUGCCAUACAGAGUUUUGCAAAGAAUUUACUGGACGUCGCAGACAACUUGGAAAGAGCUUCUUUGGAAGUCACUUUUGCAAAACUCGAUACAUCUACAGAUUCUGCUGGAGCUCUGCCACUAAUAAAAAAACUUAUUGAAGGCGUUGAAAUGACCGAGAAACAACUUUUGGAGGUAUUUAAAAAAUAUGGAGUAGAAAAAUUUGAUCCUACAAAUGAACCAUUCGAUCCACAUAGUCACAAUGCGGUUUUCCGACUACCAGAUGAUUCCAAGCGUCCAGGCACCGUUGCUGUACUUCUUAAGUCAGGAUAUUUGCUUUAUGAUCGAGUUAUUCGGCGGGCUGAAGUUGGUGUAGCUCAAGCAGUGGAUUUUGGAGAAAUGAGUCAAUGGAGUUUUGACUGAUUACUAUCUAAUCGUUUUGCGCAGGUUUUAGAGAAACAUCAAGUGAUAUUUUCUUGUUUGACCAGCUUUAGAAACUAUAUUGAGGUCAACACAUGGGACAAUUGCUUGUUUUCCUUCUCAAUCUGUGUCCGGCUACAAUAGAAUGGCUCAGGCUUGAGUGACCGACCAUUUUAGAGCUUGAUAUAGAUGAGCACAGCCAAAUGUUUUUAGCUUUAGGGGCACGGCUCCAAUUGGAGUAGCUGCUUGUGCUUUUCGGUUCUCUAUUAGCCUCGCGUGUGCUAGAAUAAUGGGGUGUUACUUCCCCUGCGAAUAAUAAAUUUGAAGAUUAUUUAAAGA